AUAAAUGUUAAACAACCAUGAUUUUGGAUAUAUAAGUGAAUGAUAGUUUAGAGUAAAUGGGAUAAAUAAUAAAAGUACUUUUUAAUAAGUAUUAAGGAUGGAGUUGAGCAGGUCUAGAGAGAGAGAGAAGAAUAAAAAAUAAAGAGAGAAAGAGGAGACAAAAAAGGAAAAGCACUACAAGUUAUAAAAAGAUGAGAUUUUCAAUUAAAGAUAUUUAUUUGUGUAGGCUAUAUCGGAUGGGACAUUUGGAAGAGUAGUUAGAGUAUUUGAUGGAGGAGAGAACGAUUUUAAAGCAAUAAAGAUAAUAAAAUCAGUGAAGAGACAUAUAUAGAGUGCAAAAAUAGAGUAUGGAAUAUUGAGAACUAUACAUUAAUAAAAUCAAUAUCAUCCAGGAAAUGAGAAAAUAGUAAGAGCAUAUGAAGCAUUUAGUCAUAAGGAUAAUUAUUGUAUAGUUUUUGAAGAUGUAUGAAAUGGUAUAGUAAUUUUUAGCUUGGAUUAUCUUUGUACGAUUUUAUGCGAGGAAAAUAUUUCGGAGGAUUUGAAUUGAAAGCAGUUUAAGAAAUAUUAUAUGAUUGUUUAUAAGGUUUAGAUUUUAUGCAUACUAGUGGAUAUACACAUACAGAUUUAAAACCUGAAAAUAUACUUUUAAUAGAUAAAUAAUAAAAAGGGUAACUAUUAUUAAAUAUAUAUAAAAUAAUAGUAAAAAAGAAGGACAUUAUCAUGUUAAAAUUAUAGAUCUUGGAGGAGCAGUAUUUUAAACAGAUUGUCAUUCUUAAUUAAUAAAUACAAGAUAAUAUAGAGCACCUGAAGUAAUACUUAGAAAUAGAUGGACUCAUUUAAGUGAUAUGUGGUGUAUGGGAUGUAUUGCUGUAGAAUUAUUUACAGGUUUUUAUUAUAAUAUAUAAUAAAAUAAUAGGAUAAUAAUUAUUUAAACCAAAAGGAAAUGAUUUUUAUCAUUUAGCUAUGAUUGAAAAACAUUGUGGACCUAUUCCUAUUGAAAUGAUUUAAUAAUGUAGAAAUGAAGCUAGAGAAUAUUUUAAUGAAUAUUAAUUGAAUGAUUCAUUCUUAAAAUGGCCAGAUGAUUAAUUUAUGGUUCAAGAACUUAAUUUAAUCAAAGUCUUUUAAGCAUUAAUUCCAUAAAACUAAUAAGAAUUAUUAAACCUUAUCUAAAAUUUAAUUGUUAUAGAACCAUUUAAAAGACUUACUCCAAAAUAAGCAUUAGAACAUGACUUUUUUAAAUUAACAUUUAAUUGA